UUCGUUCGGAAUUCUCGCAAAGAAUUCGCCGCACGGGAAGACGACCCAAUUCGCGCGUGCCAGUGUGCUUUUGUGUUCAUGGUGUUGAUUUUUCGGUGGUGAAAGAGCAAAAGUUUGGAUCACCGAGGAUUUCCUUCCGAGAGGUGUUGCUGGCGCUGAUAAAAGUGUACAGUGGAAAUGAGUUAACAAACACAACCACAUCAGCAGCACAGUCAGCAAAGGCAUUCCGGCGGGAAAAUCGAGAAUAAGAACCAACGCAGCGGAAGAAAUAAAAAAGUUGGCAUACCCCAAAAUAAGUAAAAAGAAAAAUACAUAGCAGGGAAAAUAAAAUAAAGUGAGCGUGUUCAGCGAGAAAGCGCUUAGCGGAAAGUGGAAAAUAACAAUAAUAAUAGGGAAAGCGGCUGCCUCCGCCCCCUCGUCUUAGCCCGGGUGUGCUCCGUGACCCGUAAGCAGGGAAGCAGAUUAUCCAACGGUGUGCCCUCGGAGAAGAGCGUCCAGCGUCGACGCGAAGAAGAAGAAGAAGAAGUAGGGUGUUGUGCAGCGAAUGAGGUGCCAGUCAGUGGCAGCACCUUUUGUGAACUUUACGGCACACACCAGGUCCGGUGGUCUUCGUGUGAGAGUGGUGGUGCUCGCAUAGUGGAAGCAUAUCUCGUUCGCAGUUUCCCGACUCAUCGUUGGUAGUAGGAGUCAUCGUCGACGUCAAGUGGGCAGCAGUUACCCAGCCAACCGCCAGCAAAGUGUUACAGCCAGCGCCGGCGUCGUCGUCGUCGUCGUCGUCGUCAGUGGGAAGCUAUCUCGUAUGCAUACGCCAAGCAACGGCACCACAGCAGCCAUCAUCGUAUGAUAAAGGAGUGAAGCAGGUAGCACCUCACUCCGGUUGGAAAACGGAACCGAAUAUGUGGCUCCCAGCGGUUAUGGAUUUACGGCUCCCGAUACUCUGUUUGCUGAUAGUAGCAGAAUCAUCACUCGGGUUACGUAAUGUCCGUGUCACGGUGCCGACGGCGAUCAGGAAAGGUGAGGCAGCACAUCUUUACUGCACCUACGAGAUGGAGGACAAGGAACGGCUCUACACAAUCAAGUGGUACAAGGGUAAACGGGAGUUCUACCGGUACACACCCCAGGAGCCACAGCCGAUAAAGGUGUUCAACACGGUCAGCGGCGUCGAGGUGGAGCGCUCGCUAUCCAACGAAAGCCACGUGGUCAUCAAAUCCGCCAACGUGUCAGGAAAAUUCAGCUGCGAGGUGUCAGCGGACGCACCCUCCUUUCACACCAGCAUCGUUUCCGGCGACAUGGAAGUGAUAGAACCGCCAGUGGAUAAGCCAUCGAUGAUAGGAACGCAAAUGCGGUACCGGGCCGGGGAUAUCCUGCGAGCCAACUGUUCCUCCCUGAACUCCAAGCCGGCUGCCAACCUGACGUGGACGAUUAACGAUAUGCAGGUACUGCCGCAGCAAACCAGACAAUACAGACCCAUCAAGGAUGAAAGCACCGGACUGGAAACGUCCAUACUGGGGAUCAGCGUGAUGGUCUCGCAUAGCCAUUUCAUCAAAGGAAAACUGAAGCUCAAGUGUGAAGCAUCGAUUCACCAGAUCUACCACGAGAGCACGGAGCGGUUUCUGGAGGAGGACCGACCGCGGAUAUUGGCCACCGGGUCGUCCAGCGGGCACAACAUGAACCUUUUCCAGAACAGCGUGUACGACGGGGAGCUGACCGAUCAGGGCGAUCGGUAUCUGACGAUGAAUGGGUACAAAGCAGACAAAGCUUCACCCCCGUCGUCGUCAUCGGCCGGCAUGGUCGUCGGAUCGUACGUGAAGGUCUGCUGGAUUACCUUCUACAUCUGCACCAUCUGCACCGUGCUGUUGUACUCGCUCCGGGUGGGAAUAUCCUGAUUGUACAACCUGAAGGAGAUCAUCAAAAUAUAAACAACACAGCCCGCAGCAAAUUGCCAACAAAUCGAAACUUAUCCCACUGGAUCGGGCAGCGGAGAAGUGCGGAUUGAUCAGCGAAAGGAAUAAAGAUACAAUGCCAUCAUCACACCUACACAAGCUUCCAGAGAUUGCUUUACCUUUUCACCCUUGAAACUAGAUUGUUGUGUUUGAACAAAAGAUAAAAAAAAAACGGUCCGGAUAGCAGACAGCACAGGAGGAGUACUGAAUCGAAAUAAUUGGAGUGUCCAGUUGACCAGCAGCCAACCAUGCGAGGUCUAGUGGCAAACGAACCAAGCUGCAAUUUUACUUUUCAGCUCACCCCGUAUGAAGGAAGUAAAUGGAAACGGUUAGCUGCCAAUGAAUUACUGCCGAGGAACAGAGACGGACGGAUGGACGAACGGAGCUCUGCUAGCUAUUGUGGUUUUGUUUUCGAAAAUUGACUGUAAUUAACCGGGAUUGGAUUGGCGAGUACGUACUCGGUUGGAAACAAGUAAAUUGGCAUCCUGAAAUACCGAAUACCUUGGUGAAUUGGGGCGAUUUUAAUAAAAAUGUAGAACGAGAGCUGCUCAGUUGAACAUGUAGGUUUAAGUUGAAGAAUGUAGCAUUUAAUCAAUAAAGAGGAAUUUGAUGGAAGUAGUCAGGAACGAUGUGGUGCGGUUGUACUGAAGAGAAAAUUUAAGUUUUCAAAAUAAGUGAGUGUUUGCCGUGUUCGGGAGCCUCAGAUAGCCUAGUCAGUAAAGGCACGGUGUAACCAAGCCGUAGGCGGUGGGUUAGAUUUUAGGUCUGGUUGAGGAAAUCAUUUGGGAUGGAAAUUUUCUCGAUUUCCUUGGGCAUAGAGUGUCAUUGUGCUUGCCACACAACAUACAAAUACAUCCAUAGGUGUUGGUAUAGAAAGCUCUAAAUUGAUAACUGUGGAAGCGCAUCAAGAACACUAAGUUUGAGAGCCGGUAAAACGACUCGCUACAGAAGCGUUAAAAACCCUGAAGAUGAAGGAGAGUGAUGAUUGCAACUAAACGAAAUGUAUCAAAAUUAUAACAGAGGAAGUAAAGCUGUAACGCACAUACUGUUAAGUUCUUGUCUUACUGAACUUUAGCGUGGCCCAAAAAAACACAUUGUCUGGAAACUUGGGGCUCACUCUUCAAAUGUUAGACAACCCGCAUAAAUGUGAACCAUAACUUGACCUUAUCAAAAAUGGUUAAACAUAGUUUAUAAUCCCUGCUAAACUUUAACUGAAAUGGUUAUGGAACUUUGCAUGAACGUUUGUGGGAUAAAGUUCUCUUAUCUUUAUCUUUCUUUAUUAAAGAGACUUUCAGCCAUCGGCAUGUGAUAAAGUUUUAACCUUAUGUAAAGGGUGUCCACGAUGAAAUUGCCACACAC